AUGCAGCAAUACCCGAUAGACGAUGUUGGUCCAUCAGGAGCUUUUACACCUGCUCCCUCGAGUCAUCCACCCACCAGCGUACGCUCUCUCUUGUCUGAAGACACGCCACCGAGUUCAAAUCGAGGACCACCCAGCCAGUCUCCGGUACUCACGUCGUCGGCAGCCGCCGCAGUGCUGGCAUCUCUGGACAGAGGCGCUGAAUCGAUCGCUGAGAACCCGUUGCUAUCACCCGAACCCACGCAAGGGAGCGAAGAAAACGAUGGAGAUGGCUUCCAGUUGUAUGGUGCCACCAGCUUGCUGCACGAUCAGUCGUCAAGAACGCUCUUGGCCGACAGAAAGAGGGAAGGGAGCCAGGAGCGUGCGACAUCAAAAGAUGCCGUCAGAGAUCGACUCGUUUCAUACGCUGCCCUUAGAAGACAGGAAGAAGUGGCCCUAUACUCAUCCCCGAGUAUCACAUCCAAGAUCGACUUUGACGGGGUACCCAUGGACACGGCUCUGCACCUAUUGGAUUUGCACUGGAACCGCCAGCAUCUGUCAUAUCUCCUCACCUAUCGGCCAGCCAUUAUGGAUAGUCUCAUCCAUAAUGGACCAUACGUCAAUAAACUACUCCUGAACGCCAUCUACUUCCAAAGCAGUUUGUAUAGCGAUCGGACCUCUCUGUUACGCCAAGACCCCCAAGACCCGCAGACUAUGGGCAUGGCCUUUUACGAGCGAUUCAAGUCUCUCCUAGUCGACCACAUCGACAAACCUACUAUACCAACUAUCGUGGCUCUCCUAACCUGUGGCGCAUGUUUGGUCCCGCGUGGCAAGCAGAGCGCUGGCUGGGUAUUCUGUGGCAUCGCCUACAGGAUGAUGACAGACCUUGGAUGCCAUUUGGAUAUUGAGCCAACGUCACAGGCUGGACAGGGCUUUAAACUCACUCCCAUUGAUGUUGAGAUGAGAAAGAGGAUCUACUGGGCCGCUUAUGUUGGAGACAAACUGCAGUCUCUGUUCCUGGGUCGUCCUCCAGCGAUACAUGAGACAGCAGGUGGUGUCUCUGAAGAAUUCCUGGAUACUUACGAAGAGAUGGAAGAAUGGAGACCAUACGUGGAUCCAGAGGCACGGCCAUUUGACAGUAGCCCCCCAGCUUAUCGAGGACGACCAUGUUAUGCGAUAAGCACAUUCCGAUGUUUGCUUCAGCUCUGCCGUAUGAUAUCUCGCAUUAUAGAUGCUUUCUACACAACUGACAACACUGGCCUAUCAAAACAAUCUGUUGAAUCUGUCACGGCAAGCCUGAUACAGAAGAGACAAGAGGUUAGGGAACAGCUGCGUCAAUUCAGGGAGAGCAUCCCCUCAUGGCUUCAGUUCGAACCAGGAGUAGAUCCUACUCCACCACCGCACCAGGUAACGCCUCAUGCACUCUAUUGGGCUUCAGUAAUACUCACAGAACUGCCCUUCACAAACCACGGUCGCACAACCUUUGCAAAUGAACUCAGCCCAUUUCAAUCCAGCGACCAAGACGAAAGCCGAAGAAAAUGUAUUGAAGCUGCACUGCACAUCUGGAAACUCGUGGAAGCAUACAAAAAGACAUUCACCUUGAGACGCGCGCAGUAUGGCAUAUCCUACGCCACAUAUUGUGCGGUGCUUGUCAUUCUUGAACACACUGACCAAAACUGCGAUGAGUACAUUGAAUGCAUCCGUUUUUUCUGGCAGGCUUUGUUGGAAUUCCAGCGUGGCUGCAAUUAUGGACUAAAGCGGCCUUUGAGACUACUCAAGUCUCUUAUGAGUCGGAUCGAGAGAGUGACCAAGAACAUCAACAUGGAGGCGGCAGCAACAACAAAUUGUCCGGACUUGAGCGUAUUCCAAGCCGACAUGGCAUCGUUGUUCGGAACUGGUCAAACUGGCGAUGCUUGGAGCGGGCCGUGGGUUGCACAAGAUGGUCUUGUGGCGGAUAACACCCUGUUCGGCAUUGCUGACGAUCGUCUUUUGGGAGCAUACAUGUGA